UGUUUUCUCUCAGCUUUAUUGUUUCCUCACUUUUUCUCCAUUGGCCUCGUGAUACCUUGUCUCUUACAAAGCACUCAACUCUCUCUCUCCCUCACAAGUCACCACCACCCACCUCACUCUCUACUCCCCAUCGCUCUCUCAUGGGAUUUCGCCGGAAAAUCAUCUGUUUCAUCCAAAACCGCCGUGAGAAACCCGCCCGCCCCUUUAUAGGGGAAAAAAAUUAAGUCCCUAGAACCCCCACAUUUUUUGUUUUUUUGAAGAUAUAGCUAUAGCCUAGAGAGAGAGAGAGAGAGAGAGAGAUGAGUGUAAGAUUUAGAUGCGUGGUUGGGUUUUUGGCUACGUUUCUGCUCCUGGGUCGGGUCACUUCGGAGCCGACGCAGGACAAGCAAGCCUUGCUCGCGUUCAUAAAUCAGACGCCACACGCGAACCGGGUACAGUGGAACAAUUCGGUCUCGGCCUGCAGCUGGGUGGGAGUGAGGUGCGAUGGGAAUCAGUCGUAUGUGGAAUCACUUCACCUUCCCGGUGUUGGGCUUGUGGGUCCUAUUCCACCCAACACCCUCGGCCGGCUGAGUCAGCUCCGAGUUCUCAGUCUUCGAUCCAAUAAGCUCACCGGUUCAGUGCCGCCCGAUUUCGCCAACUUGACAGUGCUUCGGAAUCUCUACCUCCAAGAUAAUGAGUUGUCCGGCCAGUUUCCGCCCGGGUUGACUCUCUUGGCGAGGCUGAACCGGCUCGAUCUCAGCUCUAACAACUUCACCGGCUCAAUCCCUUUUUCGGUCAACAAUCUCACGCAGCUGACCGGACUUUUUCUACAAAACAAUGAGUUUUCCGGCGCUUUGCCCAGCAUCUCAACUGGUAAAUUGCAGAGCUUCAACGUUUCAAACAACAAGCUCAAUGGCUCGAUCCCUACGAGCCUAGCCAAGUUCCCAAGUUCCGCAUUCACCGGAAACUUAGAUCUAUGCGGCGGCCCAUUGCGGUCGUGUAAUCCAUUUUUCCCAGCACCCGCACCGGCGCCCGUCACUCCGCCGAUAGUCCCAGCCCACAACAAGUCCAAAAAGCUCUCCACCGCCGCCAUUAUCGCCAUCGUAGUGGGUUCCAUUUUGGGUUUCUGCCUUCUACUUCUGAUUCUCCUGCUCUGCCUCAGAAAACGCCGCCGUCAACACUCCCCCAAGUCUCCCAAACCUCCCGUCACCGCGGCACGCUCCGUCACCGCGGCGGAGGCCGGAACGUCUUCCUCCAAGGACGACAUCACCGGCGCGUCUACCGAGGCGGAGAGGAACAAGCUGGUCUUCUUCAACGGCGGGAUUUACAGCUUCGACUUAGAAGACUUGUUGCGGGCCUCGGCCGAGGUUCUGGGCAAAGGAAGCGUCGGGACGUCGUACAAGGCGGUGCUGGAAGAAGGAACCACGGUGGUGGUGAAGAGGCUAAAAGACGUGGUGGUGACCAAAAAAGAGUUCGAUAUGCAAAUGGAGGUUCUGGGUAAAAUCAAGCACGAAAAUGUGGUUCCAUUGAGGGCAUUCUACUUCUCUAAAGAUGAGAAACUCCUCGUCUACGAUUACAUGACCGCCGGUAGCUUGUCUGUUCUUCUUCACGGGAGUAGAGGCUCAGGUCGCACCCCACUGGACUGGGACAACCGGAUGAGAAUCGCGCUAAGUGCCGCGAGAGGCUUAGCGCACCUCCACGUGGCGGGUAAAGUGGUCCACGGCAACAUUAAGUCUUCCAACAUCCUGCUACGACCCGAUCACGACGCGACAGUUUCAGACUUCGGGCUGAACCCACUGUUCGGGACCUCCACCCCGCCCAACCGGGUCGCGGGCUACCGCGCUCCGGAGGUGGUGGAGACCCGAAAGGUCACGUUCAAGUCCGACGUGUACAGCUUUGGGGUGUUGUUGUUAGAGCUAUUAACGGGGAAAGCACCCAAUCAGGCUUCCUUGGGAGAAGAGGGAAUUGACCUACCGAGGUGGGUCCAGUCCGUGGUCCGUGAGGAAUGGACCGCUGAGGUGUUCGACGUGGAGCUAAUGAGGUACCAAAACAUUGAGGAGGAGAUGGUUCAGCUUUUGCAAAUAGCCAUGGCUUGUGUGUCCACGGUCCCCGAUCAACGGCCCGCAAUGCAGGAGGUGGUCCGUAUGAUUGAGGACAUGAACCGGGCCGAAACCGACGACGGGUUACGACAGUCGUCGGAUGACCCGUCAAAGGGAUCAGACGGUCAUACGCCUCCCCAAGGGUCCAGGACCCCACCAAGUGUCACACCCACACCUUAAAAGAGUCUUAAAAAAGAAGGGACAAAUGUAAAGGGAUUGGAAAUGGAAGGUCGGUAUGGGUUCGGUUGGUGCCAAUAUCUGUUUUUUUUUUUUUUUUUAGUUUUAAUUUUGGUUUUUUCUUUUUUAAUUUUUUGCAAUGAUUUUUAUAGGUGGGAGGGGUUUUUUUAAUUUGUUGAUGAUGUUGGGAGGGUGGGGGAGUUCCAUGGACUGAUUGGAACUUGACAAUAUUUGCUGGAAUUGGGUUUUUUAAUUCGUUCUCUUUAUAAAUUCUCACAAUCAGUGUCUCAUA